AUGCCGCCGGUUGUUCAUGGAUAUGGUACUUCACAGACAACUGGUAUGUCUUUCAUUCCUCCGAUGUCAAAUGAAUCUGCAACUCUGACUUUUAUCCUGGAGACUCAACUUUCCAACCAUAAGUCCCUGAUUGAGGUGGUUAAUUAUGAAAAAGCGGUUUCAAAUGUUAAGGGUACAAGAAAGUGUUCAAGUUGGACAAAGGUUGAAGAUGAGGUCUUAGCGAGAAGCUUUGUCAUUAUCAGCGAUGAUCCUAUAAUUGGCAAUGAUCAAAAGGUGGAUGCUUUUUGGAUACAUGUUGCAAGCUACUACAAUGAGAAUCGUCUUCCAGGUUCAAACACCAGAAAUGCAAAUGUUAUACGAUCACAUUGGCACAAUACAAUCCAAAAGAAGAUAUAUCGAUUCAACGCAAAUUAUAAUAGUAUUUACAGUUCAUAUCGAAGUGGUUACAGUGACAAAGAUAUAUUGAGAUUUGCGUACGAAAAAUAUCGAUCCGAAAAUAAUGGCAUUGCAUUCAAUCUCGAGCAUGUGUGGAGAAUUGUCAAAGACCAUCCAAUGUUUACUCCACAGUCCGCUGAUCACUUUAUAGCCACAAAGAGGGCGAGGACCUCAGAGUCGGGAGCAAGCAACACCUCCUCCAACCAAGAUGUGAGUAUAGACCUGGAUGAAGAAGAUACUCGUCCAAUGGGACAGAAUGCAACAAAAAAAAAGGAAAAAGAUAAAUUCAUUGAGUACACAAGAGUGCAAAAGCCAGAAGUCGAUCUGAAACAAAAACAAUUAGCAGUAGAGGAGAUUAAGGCAAAAGCUGCCUUGUCCAAAUCUGAAGCUAAGAAUUAUUGCUUGAAGUUGAAGGAGUAUGAAAUAUUGAUCAAAGACACCUUGUAUAUGACAAAUGAGUAG